UGAGCUUUCCCUAUUCCUCUUCCAAAUUCUUCCACUGUUGUGUCUCUAUUCCACCCUACUCAUACAAUGUCUUUCAACAUCCCUAGCCUCAUUACCACUCGCACUUCUUGUAUCCGGCGUCAUCGGAGGCGCAACUACAAUAAUAUGCAUACUAUUCCCACAUCGUUUACCACAUCACACUCUUUCUCCAUCGGCCUUUGGAAUUGCCAGUCUGCUGUAAAAAAGACUGACUUCAUCACAGCCAUCACAGAACAUUCCAAUCUAAGUAUUCUAGCACUUACCGAAACCUGGAUUAAACCAGAGGACACUGUCACUCCAGCUGCCCUCACUGCCAACCACACUUUCACUCAUUCCCGCACUUCUGGGAGGGGUGGAGGUACUGGUCUGCUCAUAUCAAAGAAUUGGAAGCACAGCCAAAUACAGACCCUCAAUACAAACUCCUCUUUUGAAUCACACGCCAUUACUGUCACCCACCCUUUUAAAAUUCACCUGAUUGUUCUGUAUCGCCCCCCAGGGCACCUCGGUAACUUCAUUAAUGACUUGGAUGUGCUGCUCUCUGCUUUUCCAGAGGAUGGCACUCCUCUGGUACUGCUAAGAGAUUUCAACAUCCAUGUAGAUAAGAGUCUGGCCUGCGACUUCCACAGUCUAUUGGCGUCUUUUGAUCUCAGCCGUGUAUCCACCACUGCCACGCACAAAUCAGGUAAUCAGUUGGACCUCAUCUACACUCGAAACUGCUCUACUCAUCAUGCCCAGGUAACACCACUGCACACAUCUGACCACUUCCUGAUUACAUUCAACACCACCCUAACCUCUUCCAACAUAACACCUAACCCUCCGCUGGUCACUUUUCGCCGUCACUUACGCACGCUCUCGUCAACCUGUCUUUCCUCUGCGGUGUCACUGUCACUCCCUCCUCCUAACCGGUUCUCUUUACUAGAUGUUAACACUGCUACCAAUACCCUCUGCUCCACGCUAACAUCCUGCCUGGACUCUUUCUGUCCUCUAACAACCAAACCUGCCCGGCCAACUCCCUCUGCCCCCUGGUUAUCUGAUGUUCUCCGUGAACAUCGCUCCAAACUCAGAGCUGCGGAAAGAAAAUGGCGUAAGACCAAGGAUCCAUCGGAUCUCUGUUUUUAUCAGUCUCUUCUCUCCUCAUUUUCUAAUAAUGUCUCCACUGCUAAACGUAACUAUUACCAAACAAAGAUUAACAACUCCUCUGACUCACGGAGCCUCUUUAAAACAUUCUCUGCUCUUCUCUGCCCACCUGUCCCCCCACCAUCGUCAUCCUUAACCUCUGAUGAUUUUGCUCGUUUUUUCAUUAACAAAACCACUAAGAUCAGCAAUCAAUUUCCUGCUGCUCCUCGCCUUACGCACAUCAAACCACAGCACCCCAACACAUUCUCCACUUUUUCCCUCCUCUCUGAAACAGAGGUAUCAAAAAUCGUCCUUGCCACGAAUGCCACAACCUGCCCUUUAGAUCCCAUCCCUACUAACAUCUUUCAGGCUAUCGCUCCCUCCGUCCUCCCUGCACUCACCCACAUUAUCAACAACUCUAUCUACACUGGUACAUUUCCCUCAGCUUUUAAGGAGGCUCGUGUUGCUCGUGUUGCCCCUCUCCUUAAAAAACCCACACUUGACCCUGAGCUCAUUGAAAAUUACAGACCUGUAUCUCUCCUCCCAUUCAUGGCUAAGACACUAGAGAGUGUUGUCUUUAACCAAAUCUCCUCCCCUGGAGUGCCUCAGGGCUCAGUACUUGGGCCACUGCUUUUUUCCAUCUACAUGACAUCACUGGGUUCUGUCUUUCUGAAGCAUGGCUUCUCAUAUCACUGCUACGCUGACGACACUCAACUCCAUCUCUCCUUUCAACCAGACGAUCCCACCGUUUCUGCACGUAUUUCUGCGUGCCUAAACGACAUCUCAGUCUGGAUGAAGGAUCAUCACCUGCAGUUAAACCUCACAAAAGCAGAGCUCCUCGUUUUUUCCGCCGAUCCCAACAUACAGCACAAACUAUCUUUUCAGCUAGGCUCGGCUACUGCAUCCUCGUCUAGGUCAGCUAGGAACCUUGGAGUGAUCAUUGACGACCAGCUAACUUUCACUGAGCACAUUUCAAAAACUGCUCGAUCUUGUAGGUUUGUGCUGUACAACAUCAGGAAAAUCAGACUAUCAGAACAUGCUACACAGAUCCUCGUCCAGGCACUAGUCCUGAGUAGACUUGACUACUGCAAUGCCCUCCUUGCUGGCCUCCCAGCCUAUACAACCAGACCUCUUCAGAUGGUCCAGAAUGCAGCGGCAAGGGUGGUCUUCAACGAACCAAGGAGGGCCCACGUCACACCUCUCUUCAUUAGUUUACACUGGCUUCCUAUAGAUGCCCGCAUCAAAUUCAAAUCCCUGAUGCUGGCCUACAGGACAAUCACAGGCUCCGCUCCCUCGUACUUACACUCACUAAUUGAAUCAUAUGUUCCCUCCAGGUGCCUACGCUCUGCAAACGAAAGGCGUCUUGCAGUGCCUUCACCAAAAGGUGCAAAAUCACUCUUGCGCACCUUCACCUGGUCUGUUCCUCAUUGGUGGAACGAUCUGCCCGUUGCCACUAGGGCAGCAGAGUCACUAGCAAUCUUCAAAAACCAACUCAAAACUCAUCUUUUUCGCUUACACUUGCGUGAUACUGGUGCCAUGCAAACCAUUGUGGCUAAAGACGCGUUUCCUUUUUCUGAUCAAACCUUCUGUGGUAGUUAUGUUUUGAUACGAGGUAUUGGAAUGAAGACUGUCAGAGUUCCCUUGCAUCAGAUUUAUUUGCGCUCCGAGUUGUUUACAGGAAUAAUUAAAGUGGGAGUGCGGGAAAAUUUGCCUGUUUGCGGGGUAAAACUUAUUCUUGGUAACGAUGUGGCCGGUGGAAGGAAAUGGCAAGUGAACGAAAAAUGGCUUAUUAUAUGGAUAACGGAUUACUGA